CUGAAGACAUAAGAGCUAGCAGGUCCCCAAGACAGUCCUACUCUCUUGUCCUACUGAGGAUGGAGCUCAGAAAAACCAGGGCCACGGAGCUAGACAAAUUCAUUGAAGACCACCUCCUGCCAGACACUGAGCUCCACAAGCAGGUCAAAGCAACCAUCCAAAUCAUUUGCAAGUUUCUGAAAGAAAGGUGUUUCCAAGGGGCCACCCACCCUGUGUGGGUGUCAGAAGUGGUGAAGGAUGGUUCCUCAGGCAAAGGCACAACCCUCAGAAGCUGCUCUGAUGCUGACCUGGUUGUCUUCCUCACAAAUCUUACCAGUUUUGAGGAGCAGAGGCUACGCCGGGGAGAAUUCAUCACAGAAGUCAGGAGCCAGCUGGAAGCAUGUCAAAGAGAGAGAUGGCUUGGUGUAAGCUUCAAGUUCCAGAGCCAAUCAUGGUUCAACCCCGAGCACUCAGCUUUGCUCCAGAAGGAGGUGGAGUUUGAUGUCCUGCCUGCGUUCGACAUCUUGGGUGAGUGAUCUCAACCUUCAUCCUACACUGUAGCUCCUUCCUCACUCUUCUAUUUCUGGGUUGAAAUGGCCCAUAAUUUUGAGUGUUUUACCAAAGAAAGUAUUGCAUCCCUUUAAGACAAUGGACGGGUGAGGAGAGAGGGAGAUCAGAAUUUCUCCAGGGGCAAGAAUGAAUAAUCCAUC